UUGAAAUAUAUAUAUUAUAUAUAUAUUAUAGAUCAACAUGAACAAACACUUUAUGUGAUUAGGGAAAAGCCAGUAUGGGAGUGUGUAUGAGUAAGGAUGAAUUAUCUCAACGGAGUAGAGAACUGGACAGAAAACUACGAAAAGAUUUUGAUUCCUCUGCCAGGGUUAUUAAACUUCUUCUUCUAGGAACAGGAGAGAGUGGAAAAUCAACAAUUGUCAAACAAAUGAAAAUUCUUCAUCCCUCAGGAGAAAAUGAAAAAGGCCUGGGGGAAAUGGAACGAAAGAAACAAACGAAGACAAUUGUUGAUAAUAUUUUUGAUUCUAUAGAGGCUCUCUUAAAGGCACAGGAAAGAUUUGAGUAUGAAAUUGCUUCAAAAAAGAUAAAGGAUGAGGUUUUGAAGUAUAUCAGUGAACGAGAUGAGAGUUCAGGAUCUGUACUAGAUCCUGAUAUUGGAGCUAAAAUACAAGAGCUCUGGAUGGAUCCAGGGAUAAAGAAAACUCUGGAGAGAAGAUCAGAGUUUCAGUUGUUGGAUUCUGCUGGAUAUUUCCUGGAUAAUAUUCCUCGGAUUAGUUCUCCGGACUAUAUACCUACAGAAGCAGAUGUACUAAGAGCCAGGACAAUAACUACAGGGAUAAUAUCCGUCCCGUUCCAGGUUAAUAAAGACAAGUUUGAACUAGUUGAUGUAGGAGGGCAGAGGUCGGAGAGAAGAAAAUGGAUUCAUUGUUUUGAUCAGGUUACAGCAGUUCUGUUUAUUAUUGCAUUGAGUGAAUAUGACCAGGUGCUCUAUGAGGAUGACUCUACAAACAGAAUGCUGGAGAGCCUGGAUAUGUUCAAACAAAUGUUAUCUAGUCCAUUCUUCCUCAACACUCCUUUUAUACUCUUCCUUAACAAGGAGGUAUUUAUGUUUCACUUAAACCGGAUCCAAAUAAGAAUAGUAGCAUCUAAUUUUCCUAUUUAUUUAACCCCGUCUUGGAUACAGGAAUACGACUACAAGGGACCAAAUACUGCAGAAGACGCCAAAUGCUAUAUAAGAAAAAAGUUCCUGGAUCAGAACGAAAACACCAAGCGUGACAUCUACACCUACUACACCACGGCCACCGACACCGACCUCGUCAAGAACGUGUUGGUCUCCGUGCAGAAAAUUAUCUGUGAACUCAUGCUCAAACAAACAGGGUUUCGUUAAAUUUUAAUUUUAGUAAAAAUUAAAAACUAUUGGUUUCAGAUUUUGAACGAGUUAUAUACUAAAUUCUGUACAUUUUAGUGCUGAAUAUUUCAAAUAAACAUUUAAAUAUUAA